CGGACAGUUGAUUGUGCUGCACAGGGAAACGUGCAUGGACGACAUUGAGGUCUUCUGAGAGGGGUUAAUCAUGUAUAGAAGAUUGUUAAUAAAUAUUUAUCAGGUUCGAAAUGGAUUAAUUCAUACGCAGAAUACACGAUUACCUUCCACCAAAUGUAAAGAGAGGGAGAGUUUUGCUCCUGUUAUCUGGGCCCCAUGCACAGCAAGGCCAUUAGGAACCAGUAGCAUCUCUUUUAAUGAAAAUAAAGAGAGCUCCACAUCCCUGUCAGAAGACAAAGAAAAGAGACCAGAAGAGAAUGAGGCGAAAGAAGAGGUUAACACUGAUGGGCAGAAGAGCACCGAAAUGAAUGAGUGCACCGAAAUUUCAAAUGCAACAUUGGCAUCACAGUUAGAGACCGAAACAGUGGAUAAACCCGAGGACAGCAAGCAGGUUGAAAAGACAAAAAGUGGCAAGGAGAGUCUUUUGGAGCUACUUGGGGCAAUGAAGGUGGAGGUCACAACCGUACGCAAAAUAAGACCCUCAAAGACACCACGAAUGAGUGAGAGGGCCGACCAAGAGCCCAUGGAAAGCGCACACAGCAUGUUCCAGCAUGCCACAGCUGAAGGUUCACAACAGCAUGGGACCUUGAAUCCAGCGCUGGUUGCUGCAGUCUCUGCCGCUGCAUCCACACUGCCAAACAGACAUCAGGCCGAGUCAGAGCUUCUUAAGCAGCUGAGGAAACAUGAAGCCGUACCUGACACCCAGAGGAGAGCAGAAGGACAGAACAUAGGACACAUAAUUGCAGAUAUGAAAGUCGGAAGGAGGACGAAUGGCAGAUCAAACGCCAGACCUACCAGUCAGAUUCGUUUUGAUGAUGACGGAAAGGGAUAUACUCAAGACAGAGGCAUUACCGGUGAACUUGAUGCAGUACGCAGAAGGAAGAGUCCCUUCACUAGUAAGAGGUUGAACAUCUUUACUGCAGGCAUGGAGCAAGACACACUGUCAGAUCUGGGCCCUACUCUUUGGGACAUUGAUCUAGCUAAUCAAAUUAUCCAGGCAACAAAUCAAACGCCUCGGAAUGGCUUUGAGGAGAUGAUCCAGUGGACCAAAGAUGGCAAACUUUGGCAAUAUCCAAUCAACAAUGAGGCUGGCCUGGAAGAGGAGGCGAGUGUGCCCUUCCAUGAGCAUGUGUUCCUGGAGAAGCACCUUGAUGAAUCAUUCCCCCGGCAGGGUCCAGUCAGGCACUUCAUGGAACUUGUAAUCACAGGCCUCGCAAAGAAUCACCAACUCACGGUCCAACAGAAAAAAGAACAUAUUGACUGGUUCAGAGACUACUUCCGACAGAAAGAUGAUGUUCUGAAAGAGGCCGAGGCAUAAGGAUCAGACAAAGACAGAAGAUGCUUUCGGGUUUCAACUGUCCUGAAAGCCCUAGAACCAGCUAGUUAAGAUCCUAACUGCAGUGAUAAUUAGCUAAACUUAAUUAAGCAACUGGAAGUUAUAACUGCAUCUAUUACCAGAUUAAGAGACUUGAUCAUUAUUGUCGUUUCUUUGUAAUAUUCAACCUGCUUUCUGAUUUUUGUGUUAUUUACUAAAACAACUGUUUUUCAAUUAAGUCUGGAUGUUGUGUAUGCUGCU